AUGUUGCAAACAGCCAGACACCAGCUCGCACGAGGCGGUCGCAGCGCUUUCCUGCAGCAGUACCUGAAGGCCAGCUCCGUGAGAUGCUAUAGCAGUGGUCUUCAGUCGACCAUCAAGCUCAGCAGCUUGCAGGCGCCACACUCUGGCGAGAUUGCCGUGCUGUCGCUGAACAGGCCCAAGGCACGCAAUGCCAUCUCCAAGCAGUUGCUCGGCGAGCUGAACCGCGUCGUCGAGCAACUUCACUCCGAGGGAGCCAAGAGCAGCACCCGCGCCCUGAUCCUGGCCAGCGAGAGCGACGAUGCCUUCUGCGCAGGAGCAGACCUCAAGGAACGGCUGACGUUCAGCGAGGAUGACACGAAAGACUUCCUCAAAACCCUCCGCCACACCUUCCACCGCCUGUCCACCCUCCCCAUUCCCACCAUCUCCGCCAUCUCCUCCACCGCCUUCGGCGGCGGCCUCGAACUAGCCCUGUGCACAAACUUCCGCGUCAUGUCCUCCACAGCCUCCAUCGGGUUGCCCGAAACCCGCCUCGCCAUCAUCCCCGGCGCUGGAGGGACCUACCGCCUCCCUGCCUUGAUCGGCGAAUCCCGCGCUCGAGACCUGAUCCUUACAGGACGCCGAGUCUCCGGAGAAGAGGCGUACUUCAUCGGACUAUGUGAUAGGAUCGUGCAGAUCCGUGAAGAUGAGCAGAACGGGAGUGGAGUCGCGAGGGGCAAGGUCCUGGAGCAGGCUGUGGAAAUGGCGACGAAUAUCUGUGAAGGGGGCCCAGUCGCGAUCAGAGCGGCGAUGGAGGCGGUGAAUGGGUGGAAGAAGGGAGCGGAGAGUGAGAAUAAGGCUUAUGAGCAGAUCCUCAACACGAGUGAUAGGACUGAGGCGUUGAGGGCUUUUGGGGAGAAGAGGAAGCCGGCUUUCAAGGGAAGGUAG